UAAAGAAUUGUAUGGCAAAACCAAAAUAAAUUAAAAGAAAAUAACAAAAUUGGUGCUUUCCCAAUUUAAUGAAAAAUAUUGCACGAUUCAAUAAGGCUCAAGCACCAAAUUGUAAAAAAUGUUUCGACGUGGAAAAUUGCAAUUUCUCAGCACAAAAGAUGAUCGCAUCAAAAUAAUGAAUGAACGCAUUAAUUUGACGGAGAAGCAUUUGAUGGAGAUUUGUGGAACCUUUGCGGCGUGUACAAGAAAAAUAGCGAAAUGUCGCAAUGCUUUUGACGAAUUGGGACACAAAAUUCAAAAUUUCGCUGAGGAGGAGAAAAUCAAUUACAGUUUGAGCGACGGUCUCAACGCCAUAACGACUUCCUUAACUGUACAAGCUGAUUAUAUGGAUUUGCUGGUACAUCGCUUGGAGAUGAAGAUUGUAAAUGAACUGAGCCAGUUUGAAAAUCUUUGCAAAACAACACGUGAAAAUUUACGCACAGCAACAAUCGCACGUGACAAAGAGGUGCUGAAGCAACAACAAUUGAUUGAAAUUAAAUCAAAGUUUACAGCGAAUAAUACCGCCGCCGAUUCUGAGCUAGUAAAAGCCAAAUUGGAGGUGAAUCGCGCCAACAAAGAAAUCGAUGAUAUAAUCAAUAGUUUUGAAAAACGUAAACUAACGGACGUAAAGGCACUUCUAACGGAUUUCAUACUAAUUAGUUUAAAAUAUCAUACCAAAACAUUGGAAGUGCUGUCCGCCAGUUAUUACGAUGUUACAAAUAUUGAUGAAAAUGGUGAUUUUAAUGAAUUUCAGAAAUUAAUGAAAACCAAAUCUGAGCCGGCAUCAAGAAAAUCAGCACUUAAAAAGGGUAUGAGAUCACAAUCGAUGGAUAGCUUAGAUCAUGAUACGCUUUUGAGUCCCUUGAAAAAUAGUAAGAAAUUGUCGCGUAGUAAUAAAAGUUUGACUGGCAAGACAGAUGAUGAGCGUGAGCACGAUUUGAAUAACGAAGAAGAGGAUGAUGAUGAUGAUGACGAUGAUGAGGACGACGAUGAGGCAUCCGGCAAUAACAGCAAUGAUGAUGAAGAGCUUUCAGGCACUGCGUCAGAUGAUGAUGAACCAACGGAAAGUAUUUCGGAAGCGAAACCAACAACACCAGCUAAUAAAUUGGAUGAGAAAAAAUCGAAAGCUGACGGAAAGCAGCCAUUCCGCGCUAUAUCUUCAGCGCACGUCAGCAAGUCACAAAGUCAACAUAAACCAUUCGCUGCUAAAAGUGGCGUUGGUAUACCAACUCUACAUAAACGGGCAUCAGCACCGCAUUUCGGACCUAAAGAACGUCAGCUGAAAAGUAACCCUAGCAACAUAACAAUGACUCUAGAUGGACCGGGCAGUCGCCUAGUAACGGUUGUUGAAUCGAAAAAGUAAUAAAUAGUUGCACUAAAUUAUGCAAAUGAAGCAAUGAUAUCGAUAAAACUGAGAAAGGAUAAUUAAUUAUGUAUGCAUGUAUGUUGCGUCGAAUGAAUGCAUAUACUUUUACCUGAAUAAACUAUAUAUUUUUAAAACGAAUUCUAA